AUGAAACCGGACCUGAGUGAAUCUCAUACGCAGAAUGAAAUCGGGCCUACUGAGGAAUUACAGUCAGGUGCUGGAGCAUCACAACAUAUCCCAGUUGAAUGGAAUGAAACAACAAUUGAGCAGAAACAGAGUUUACUCCAAACGAAAACUUCAACUCCUGAAAACAAUGUUUCUGACAUUAAUACAACAGAACAUACUCCAGCCAACCGUAUUACAGAACUAUUAACCCAGCUAGGCUUAGAAAGCAAAACAUUGUCCCUGAGCGACGUCCUUAACAUAAGCACAGAAACACUUCAACAUAAAUCACCAGAUUCCCCUCAGGACAUUCCAGGAUAUUUUCUCCAGAAUUUAAUGAUGGUCAAUUCAGAGGCAAGGAACUUGAAAUUCAAACUCACUAAGAGGCAAAAUCAGUCGGAAUUGAGAAGCUUGGAUUUUCUCUCUCAGGAUAGAAACUACGAAAGCUUAUACCAUCCCCUGGAUAUCAUUGUCUCUAUUUUCCUGUGUGCUGACCCAUUCCUGCAGCAGGAGCUGAUGGUAAAGAUGUCCCUGUGCCAGUUUGCAUUGCCACUGUUACUGCCUGCUGGGAACAAGGGCUGCAUCUUCCUUCUGUGGGCUCUGCGCUCCAUUGUGAAGAAGUGGUGCCCACUAUCACUCCGAGAUAGUGCAGGCUUUAAGGAAACAAACAUGGUGACCACCAACAUUCCCAUCUUUUCCUUCAUUAGACUCGGUUCUUGUUCCAUCUCCAAAUCUAUGAUUCUAAAUAAAGUCCUCAGUCGUUCUCAGCAACAUCAUAACUUCUUUAUUCAUGCCGACAUGGAAUGUGGCAAUCUAUCACGUAGGAUUUCUGAUGGUCUUGUUGAGUUGUGCUGGUACCUGCCCAGUGGCAGCGCGGAUUUGGAUCUUUUCGCAGAGCCAAUGACUAUAUUAAACCUUCGAGGUGACGCUAAAGUGUUGCACACACAGGUUCAGUUUCUGACAAACAUUUCUUCGGCUGUUUUUCUUUGGAUUGAUAAUGUUGACAAUGAUACAAGCAAGAUCCUGAAGUCACUCACUCAGUGCCCUGCAAGUAUAUACAUCGUGCUCACUGGGAAUAGUGUGAGCAGUGAGACUCAACAACACUUAAAGGAACUUAUUGAUUCCUCAAUGUUGAAGAAGAAUCAAAUAUUAGCACGAGUAAUGAGAAACAAUGCAGAGUUUACUGAGGCACUGCAAUCUAUAUUAAGACAAGUCCUGGUAAGAACCUAUCAGGAGAUAACUAGCCAAGGCCUCAGGAGUUUGGAGAAACUGGUAAAAACUGCAAGUGUCAAGGGGAUUAUAAUAGAUGAGGAUGAAAAACUGUGUUCACUUGGCAAAGCAAGAUCUGAAAGCAUUUACAAUUAUAUUGAAGGAAAAGACAUUAACCAAUUCAAAUCGGAAAGCAUGUCAUUUCAGGGUCACACUUGGCAGCAGAUUUCCAAAAUAGAAAAAGAACAAUGUCGCCCAAAAAAUCGACAGGAGAAGUCAAUGCAAAUGUAUUGUAAUGACCUUGAAGAAGAGAAGAGCAAACUUCAAAAACAGCAGCGAGCAAAAGGUAUAUCAGCUGAUAUGAAAAGAUUCAUUGCAGCCCUGACACAGAGCGAAGAGAGAAAAUAUUUCCUGCAGUGGAUGAAAUUUGGGUUGGAUAGCAAAUCGAGAGAGACUCUGUCUGUUUUACGUGAACAGUACAAAGCUCUGUAUGAGAAAUCUCAGGAGCAGUCACAACAGAAAGAUUCUACAACCAAUAAACUGUUACAGCAACUCGAUCAACAGAUAACUGCCAGUGCCCUUGGACUUGAACAUUUCAUGCGAGAAAUUGGUCUGAUCUACGAAACACUGAUAAACCAGGAAUAUCACGAUAGGGAAGAGAGUCACCUUGUACAAAUGCUACCUGACACUGUGGCUAACCUAUUGUUGGAUGGGUUCCCUCUGGAACUCGUCGAUGGAGAUGUUUCCAAUAUCCCUUUACAGUGGGUCACUGAUGUACUAAAGGCAGUUGAAGACAGGAUUAGCAGAGAGACCAGUGUGAUUGACACAGAGACCAGUGUGUUUGUACUGACGGUGCUGGGUGUGCAGAGCACAGGCAAGUCCACACUUCUCAACACCAUGUUUGGUUUGCAGUUUGCUGUGAGCAGUGGGCGAUGUACCCGUGGAGCCUUCAUGCAGCUCAUUAAGAUUACAGGAGAUCUGCAGAAGGAGCUGGGCUGUGGGUACAUCAUGGUGAUCGACACUGAGGGGCUGAAAGCACCAGAACUGUCAAACAUUGACGGCAGCUCUGAACAUGACAACGAGCUUGCCACCCUAGUGAUCGGAUUAAGCGAUGUAACAUUGGUAAAUAUGGCCAUGGAAAACUCCACUGAGAUGAAGGAUGUGCUUCAGAUAGUGGUCCAUGCAUUUAUACGAAUGGGAGAGGUGGGGAAAAGGCCAGUUUGUUACUUUGUUCACCAAAAUGUGAACGAUGUGUCUGCUCAUGACCAGAAUAUCAGAGGCCGCAAACAUCUGCUGGAACAGCUGGAUGAGAUGACACGAGCAGCAGCAAUAAUGGAAAAACGAGAUCGAAAAUUCACUAAGUUCUCGGAUGUGUUGCAGUAUGAUGCGAUGGAGAACAAUUGGAAUAUCCCAGGCCUGUGGCAUGGGAAUCCACCCAUGGCAGCUGUCAAUAGCGGCUACUGUCACAAGGUGUUUGAGCUGAAGAAAAGGCUUUUUCAGAACCUGAAAGAGAAUACAAAGAAACAGGGACCAAAAACCAUCUCUGAGUUCAUCCAAUGCACUAAAUCCUUGUGGACUGCAGUGAAAUAUGAGAAUUUCAUUUUCAGUUUCCGGAACAGUCUGGUAGCUGAAGCUUACAAGGACCUUUCUGUUGCGUACACAGAUGUGGAGUGGGAUCUGAGGAAAGAGAUACAUUCCUUCUUGGGAAGAGCACAGAAUAGAAUUUUUAACACAAAUCAGGAUCCAGGAGAGGAAGCUGUUAGUUUAAAAAGCGAAUUUAGUGCAUUUCUUGAUGAACAGAAAAGAAAAGCACUCCAGAAAUUGAAGGAAUACUAUUCGACAGGCCAUAACACAAACCUUGUUGAAAAAUACAGGGAGAAUUUUAUCCGGAGCAUUGAAUCUCUGAUAAUUGAACGUCAGAUAUAUGUGGACAUGAAGUGUGAUGAGGCAGUGCAGAGGAGGAGAGUUCUGCAUAAGCUGAAUGAUAUAAAGGAAAACUAUAAGAGUCAGAUUGAAGAAGAAGUCAAUAAACUUCUGCAGCAGCACAGUCAAGAAAAUAAGAAGAUGGAUGAAACACAAUUGAAGGAAGUGUUUGAGAAAAUGUGGCAGAACACAAUUUCAAAAUUUAAACAUUUACCAUCACAAAAAGCCAAUAUUAUGAAGGACAUGGAACAGAGUCUACGCCAGAGCAUGCUCACAGACACCAAACUCCUCAACCAGAAACUGAGCAAUAAAUCCCUCUCUGAACUGAAGGAUGAAAAACUCCAAAUCAAUCAUAAUCACGUUGAAUCAACUGCAAUUUAUUCCAGGUUGGUGCAUAACCCACUUUAUUCAAUAUACAAUACAAAAGCCCAGGAACUGUGUGAUGAGUGGGUGAAGGAGUGUAAAAAGUUUGUAAUGACGCAAGUGAAACAGGAGCAGGACUAUGAUUCUAACCAUUGCCAAGAACUCUUGAGAGCCAUAGACGUGAAAAUCCAGAAACACAAAGAUCAUAAAUUCACCUUUACUGAACAUUUCAGGGUAGAUUUUAAACUUCAAAUAUGUGGGUUUGCACUUAACCAGUAUGAAGAAAUGCAUGAAAGGUUUAGAAAGAAAAAUGAUCCUCUGGAACAAUUAAAAAAGGAGAAAUCAGCUUACUGCCAAAUCUUUAUGGAUAUCUACCAGGAGAAAGAUCACACCAAACAGAGAGCAAAAAUGUUCUGUGAAAAUUGCCUGAUCCCAGCCAUAAUGCAAGCUGUUGAUAACAGACUGGGAAUGGAAAUUGUUCAGCACAUGAGGCACCAUUGCAAAGGAGGGAAAUUCUUGUACCGGAAAAACUUUCAAGUGGCUCUGAUGCUGUAUUUGAAGGAGAAAGACAGUUUUGAUGAGUAUUAUCGAUACUUACAGCACAGCACAUCAUUCCAAUUAGACUGGCUGAAAGAACAAGUUGUCCAACACUGUGCAGCCACAAAUAAUGACCAAAUUCCUCUGCUCUGCUCUCUCGCAUUGGAUAUUCUGCACAUAAUUGUCAAUCGAGUGCAGGAAGUUCAAAAGGAUAUAACAGACAAGAUUGAUAGGAGUUCUUUAGCUGAUGUUGUUCAGGCAUUUAAAAGUAAACUGUGUGAGGAGAUACAUAUUCCACAGGAGAACUUGGGACCUGUCAUUUUUCAGCCUGAAAAGGUUAACCCACAGGACUUUAACCAGGAAAUUGCAAGUUUUAUCAGUAAAAAUUAUCUGACUGACAGGAUAACAGAUUGGGGGAAGGAUGUUGCUAAGAAAGUUACUGCUCUCCCAUCAGAUCCAGCUGAUGAAUUUUAUACAAUGUUAUGUGGUUGUGGGGAGCGGUGUCCCUUCUGUGGCGUCCUGUGUGAUUGCACGAGUAUGGAGCACACACAGCACAGUGCUGAAUAUCACUGGAGCCAAGGCCUGAAUGGGCAUAAACAUCAUAAGACCGGGCACCUUGUAUCAGAAAAUUGCACAACAGAUGUUGCUGGUGAUUCUUCUUUCAGGAAUGGAGAUACUGGAGGAGACUGGUUUCUUUACAAGAAAUACAGGGAACUGAAUGAAUGGUAUGGUUCCUGGAAUAUUCCUCCUGAUACCAGCAUAAAAACAUCAGCCUUUUGGAAAAGGGUCUUAUAUAAAUACAAUCAAAAGUUUGCUGAGAAAUACUCAGCGGAACCAGCAGAGAACAUUUCCAGCUGGAAUAUAUCCUGGGAUACAAUUACAAAAGACAUUGAAGAUAAAUACAAGGUGAAGAUUAAUGAGUUCUACUAA